UUGUUUUGUUUUCGUCGUUUCACCCGCCUCGCAUCGUUCCGUUCGUAUGUUCUCUCGCAUCGUUUUUCGCUUCUGUUCGUCUGCGGUGGUGGUCGUGUGUGUGUGAGGUAGUGUGUGAGAGAGAGGAGAACAAACGGGAAGCAGAAGCCGCAGCAAGGAAGCCUCGAAAGGAAAAUCCAAUUCCCGGAAAUCUUAUCAAAUGAGCAUUUCUUGGCGUUAGCUGCUAGAAUCAUUCCAAAUAAAAGCAGCAAAAAUGCCUCGGCUCUAAUCGCGUUUUUUUCUGUGAAUAGUUUUGAUAGUCCGUGCCCCGCGCGUGUGUGCUAGUGUGUGUUUUCGUGUGUCGCCGUCGCAGCCGCCACCACGCCUACACGCUCGAGAAUGGCUGCCACGGUCUACCAUCGCCUGCACAGCGUCGCCGUCGGCAGCCCCAGCACCAGCUCCACUUCCUACUCCUCGUCCGGCUCGCCGGGCGCCUCCUCCUCGUCGUCGGCGCUGCUCAGCCACUCGCAGCUGACGCGCUCCCUGGAGCGUAUCCUGGAGGAGGCGCACUUCAGCGGGGAGCUGAUCCUCACCAAUCGCAAGCUGAAGGACUUUCCCAAGACGGGCACCAAGUACGCGCUCACGGAUACGGUAAUUGCAGAUCUAUCCCGAAAUAGAUUCUGUGAGCUGCCGGAGGAGGUGACCACGUUCGCGUUCCUGGAGACGCUGCUGCUCUACCACAACACGAUCCGCAGCAUACCGGAGUCGGUGAAGCAGCUGUCCUCGCUGACCUAUCUGGAUCUGCGCAGCAAUCAGCUGUCGUCGCUGCCGCGCGAGAUCUGCUUCCUGCCGCUGCAGGUGCUGCUCGUGUCCAACAAUCGACUGGUCACACUGCCCGACGAGCUGGGCCGCAUGGACCAGACGCUGACCGAUCUGGACGCCUCCUACAAUCAGCUGUCGGCGCUGCCCGCACGCCUGGGUGAGCUGCGCACCCUGCGCUCGCUGUCGCUGCGCAGCAAUCAGCUGAUGUAUCUGCCGCGGGAGCUGACGUGCCUCAGCCUGGUGUCGCUGGACGUGAGCAACAAUCGGAUUGCCAGCCUGCCGCUCGAGAUACGCCACAUGACGACACUGGUGGAGCUGCAGCUGGAGAACAAUCCGCUCACCGCGCCCCCGGCCAGUCUGUGCAUGCGGGGCCUGGUGCAUGUGUUCAAAUUUCUGGAGACGCAGGCCACCAAGGACGAGAAGGGCUCCCGUACGGGCGGCAACUACGAUGGCUACACCACGCUGCGGCGUGCGCCGCGCCACAAUUCCAGCGGCAAUGUGCUGGAGGCCAGCACCAACAGCUGCAGCAGCAGCAGCAACAACCAGCGACGCCAUCAGAUCGACUCCGGCUACAGCACCAGCGAUGGCCUGGACAAGCGCUGGUCGCACGACAAUCCGCCCAAGUCCAAGACAGACUCGCCGCUGCACUGCUCGUUGGCUGCCACACUGCCGCGCGCCGUGGCGCCCAGCGCCAUACACAUGCACGCCGAUCUGAUGGACGCCUCGCUCACGUCCAGCACCAGCACCAUUGUCGAUGAGAGCCUCACGCUCAGUCCCACGAACUCGCCCUGCAAGCUCAGCUACGCGCACUCGAACAGCUCAAGCAACGGCUCCUCGCCGGAUCACGACGAGGAUCUGAUGAUGGACCAGGAGCCACAGGAGCGGGCCUCAGCGCACGCCAGCAAUGGCAAGCCCGGCAAGAGCCUCAGCAACAUUCAGACCUACAAGGAAUACAAAGAGGCGCUGAAGCAGCAGCGCAAUCAGGAGAUCAGUGUCUACAAGCAGAAGCAUCCGAAUGCCAAUCACAGUCCCAAUGAUGACGAUGAAGAUCAGUCGCCGCCGCCGCCACCAAUCCAUAGCCAAGCAACAGCUGGCCUGACCAACGGUGGCGGCGGCGGCGGCUCCAGCACACUGCCAAAGUCCAUUAUGAAACAAUCGAGUCUGAAUAGCAACCAAAACGGGCACAAUGGCAAUGGCAGCGGGCACGGCAAUGGCAAUGGCAAUGGCAAUGGAGUCGAUGAUGUUAUUAUACCAAAGAAACCCAUACAGAAGGUGAUACCCUCGCGCAACACGGAGAUUAAGUCUGCCUGUGCAACGGGCAACGCCACUGCCGGCGCGGCCGCCGUCUCCACGGAUUGUCUGGGCUAUGUGAAGCCGCAGAGUCCCCUGAAGAAUGGCACCACAAAAUUCAAUACGUCCAAUGGAGCCACAACUUCAACGGUAGUCAGCAGCACCACCAUCAGCACCACGAGCGUCAGCAUUAAGUCCCCGGUGAGCAGCACCACCAAGCUGGGCACAGUGAAGACGCAUCGCUCGGUUACUUGGAAUCAUGACAUACCCGCUGAGAAGCUGAGCUUUACGAUGCGUCGCGAGUUCGAUCGACAGCGUGAGGAAACCGAAUUGAUGUCGCAGCUGAGGAGUAUCAUCGAAACACGUCUGAAGAUGACGCUGCCCGUGGAUAUAGCAUCGGCACUGACCGACGGCGUCAUCCUGUGCCACUUGGCCAACUAUGUGCGUCCGCGUUCAGUGGCCAGCAUCCAUGUGCCGUCGCCUGGUGUGAACAAGCUGACAAUGGCCAGAUGUCGGCGUAAUGUGGAUAACUUCUUGGAGGCCUGUCGUCGCAUUGGCGUGGAUGAGGAGUUGAUUUGCUCCUGUGAAGAUGUUGUGCCACAAAUUGAACCACAACAACAACAACAACAACAACAAUUGCCACGCGCUGACGAUGACUAUGAUGCUGAUGUAUAUGUGAAUAACGAUGAUGCUGCUGACAUCAGUGGCAGCAGCAGCAACAGCAGCAGCAGCGGCAACCACAACAACAACAGCAGCUAUAGCAACAAACAUAAUAGCGAUCAUGAUGAUGAUUAUGCUUAUGCUGGCCAAGUGCCAAAUGCAUUGGCCCUACUGCGCACAGUGUCCGCUCUGAUUGCCCUGGAUGCGAAUCCACAUCAUCAGCAGCACAUACAGCAAGAGCUGCACCAGCGACUGCAGCAGCUGCAGCUGCAGCAUCAAACGGUUGUUGUUGUGCAGCAGCAGCAGCAGCAGCAGCACCUUGAGCAAGAGCAAUUAACUGAGACAACCUGCAGCCAACAGCAAGAACAGAUGUUGCAGCAACAACAACAACAGCUAGACCAUGUUUUAUAUGAAAAUUGUGAGCUUAUGAGCAAUGGCAAAGAACCUCAAGCUAAUGCUAAUGCCAAUGCCAAUGCUAAUGAUGAUGUUAAUGAUGAUGAUGAUGAUGAUGUGCAGCAGCAUCUGUCGGCAGUGGGGCAAAUGCUGCGCACGGCCAAGCAAAAGACCUACGAGAAGAUCAAACACAAUCUGCUCAGUGCCCAUGGCCAGCAUAGCUUCCAGAGUAGCAGCAGCAACAACAACAAUCGCACAUUGCACACCAUUGUAGAGAGCGAGCAUGAUGUGGCCACCGCUGGACCGGCUGGUCACUAUCACCUCAUCGACGAGAAGCAAAAGCAGCAGCAGCAGCAACAGUCAGUAGAGUCCGUAGCAGCAGCAGCAGUUCCUGCUCCUGUCUCCGCUGCCGCAGCCAAGGAAGCCAUCAGCAAGCGGAUUGAGUUCUUCGAACAGCAGCGGAAUGGCAAGCCGCCCCAAGUGGAGGUCUUCAGCAUCUAUCGCAUCGGCGAGGACAAACAGCAGCAGGAGCAGCAGCUGCAGCUGCAGCAGAAGAAACUCAAGUCCAAGGGCAAGGAUGCUGGAACUUCGUUGCUCAAACACGAUUCGCACACCCUGACCGUGCUGCUGUCGUGCGUCUUCAUAGCCACCUUCCUUUGGCUUAAUCUGAUUUGCUGCGCUGCCGAUGUGCUGGAGGGCAAAGGAGCUGUCCAGGUGGCCAUCACGGUGGGCGAACUCUUUCGGCUGCAUGGCUGCGGUGCUGUUUGCGGUGCCAGCGUCGGCGGUGGCAGUGGCAACAGCAGUGGAGCAGCCACACCAACCAAAUCACCAACCAGAAUGACGCGAGCCAGCAUGUCGCCCACGCCGAUGGCCUAAAUGGAUGCCACAACGAAGGACAGCUUAUGCAGAGCAGUGGCUGCUGCUGCCACUGGAAGGAUGAAGGAU